UCUAAUAUGCGCACUCAACGAUGGAUCGUGUUUUACAAUUUUAUAUUUUUAUGAAGGUGGUGACACUGAUUCGCGUAUUUUCAAAACAAAUUAUUUUCAUUUUUUUUAUUAUAACAAAAAAAGUGCAAUAAUUUAACUGUGUUUAUUUUUAUUAAAUGUAGAAUACGUUACCUUUUUGAUUGUCGAGUUAUUUGAUCAUUUAUAUCAUAGGCUUCGUAUCCUCGCAAUACGUUCUCUUCUGCAGUUUGCUCCUCUUGUUAUAUCUAUAUAUAUGUCUUCUAGAAUCAUAAUAUAUAGUCCCUGCCACUAUACAUAUAGUCCGGUCACCAUACACGUGCGUUCGUUUAUAUUGGAGGUUAACCUUAUAUAUGCCGCUUUAGAAAUACAAACACGAACAAUAUUAAAAAAUUAACACAUAAAUAAAUUGAAUUUGAUUAAGUUACGAACCAAAUGAUCAUAUACUGUUAUGUUUAUAAUAAGACUCAUAAAUAAAGAAUUUAAUCACGAAAAAUGAAGGGGAAACUUCUUUCUAUGGACAAGUUAAAUGUCUCUACAAAACGAAAGAAAUUUCAAGUAGAAAAUGAAUCAAAAAAUAGUGUCAACAAUGACAUUAAAAUUGAUAAAAAGAUGAAAAAAAAGAGAAAAAAUGACAUCCAUGAAAAGACUUGUACGUCUGAAAAGAAAGCAAAAUUGGAAGAAGUGAAAGAAUCUACUAAUCAGAAUACUACUGAAAGUGCCAUUGAAAAAGAAAAUUCAGAUGCUACUGAUCAUGAAGAAUUAGAGGUAGAAGUUUCUAAAGAAGAAAGUGACAAAUUCAAUGGAAAGUUUCUCAGGAAUGCAUUUAAUUCUGCUGCUGGAUUUAGUACUUUACAGAAAUUUAUAACCCUAUGUAGUCAAAAUAAUAAAAAAGAUUUAGCUGCUGAGUAUCUCCAAGCUGGUGGAAGUGUUCUUGAGAUACUUCGACUUUUGGAUUCAUCAGAGAAAAAAAAUAUCAACAAUGCAUCAACUGUAUUUGCCGCAAUGCACAUUGCGAUAAUGAAAAUUUUGGCGCAAUACCCUCAAAUGCAGUCAAGUGCUGAAGAGGCAUGCCGUCAUUUGAUAAACACGCAUUUGGCAUCCAUACAUUUAAUGCUUUCUGCUCAAAGUAAACCAAAAAAUCGCAAGAUAGUGCUUAAACUAUUAGCUGCAGUAGUUUCCUUAGGUGGAACAUUACCUCGUGAAUUAUUAAAUCAUUUAUCAUUUCACUCUCAACUUUUGGAAGUGUUAGUUACUCAUUCAAAACCAACGGACCCACAGAGUGUCAGGACUUGCUUUAUACAUUUUAUACUUGCAUUUUUGAUCGAUGGUACUGCUUCUGAUGUACGGGCACUACUUGAAAAACGUGGAGUUCUCUCUAGUAUCUUUGCUGGUCUAACUUAUGAUUACUCAAAUGUAGUUCAACUUGUCCUUACGACUGUAAAAAAAUAUAUUUUGGAAAAUCCCAUUAUUACCAAGACUACAAAGUUACAUGUAUUUUCAACGCCAGUAGUUCAAGGACUUGUUAAUUUGUACAACUGGAAAGGACCUAAAAAUUGGCCAGGUCAUAAAAAACAGAAAUUAUUAACAGAAAAUAUUGACCCAGAAGAGAAAGAGAUCACAGUAUCUGCUAUACACGAAUUUCUUAUUACUCUUUUAACUUCUAAAAAAUAUGGUAUUGUUUUUCAAGACAAAAGUCUUGGUACAGAUUCUGGAAAACAUAAUCAAUUGAUUAAUACAAUUUUACAAAGUUUGGAUAAGCCUUGGGAACAUGAAAAACCUGCAGAAUUGAUUGUAAAAAUAUUAACAGCUUGUCCAGAUCUAAUCAAAUCUCAGUUAAUAUAUACUGAACCAUUUUUAGUUCCAAGAGUUUCCAAGAAAUGGAUUUCAGUCAUGCAAUUCAUUAAAAGGAUAAUUAAUGAUGUGGAUGUGGACAAUUGCCUUAAAUUAUGUUCUUCAGAUAUGACUAUUAUGCAAAUGGCAAAUGCAAUUUCAAAUCUCACUAUACCACCGAUCGUAAUGAGAAAUGCAGUUAUUCCAUCUUUAGAACAUAAGAGUCCUAUAAUUAAUUAUGAAACUAUUAGUCUUGUCUUAAUCAUGAUCAAAAAAAUCGAAAGUUUCAUAAAAGCAUUUGAACAUUCAAAAUUUAAUUCUUCAGAAAUUUCUACGUUUAAAAAUUUGCUAUUGGAAUACGUCUUAAAGCACAUGCCAAGUUUUGACUGCAUUUUAAAUAUUUGGGUACAAGCUUUGUCUCACGAGUCAGAUGAUCAAUCUGCUGAUGCAGAAGAAAAAGAUAUACAUGUCGAAAUAAAAGAUCGUUUAUUGAUUAUAAUAAAUCUUCUACAAGCUUAUAGUGAAAUUUGUCCUGAAAUUUUGUUGACAUCUGGUACUGCAAACUUAGAACAAAAACCAACUAUUUUAUUAACGACUCUUGCUGGUAUUCCUGCCAUUGACGAAGAAGAGCUUACUUUUAUGAAAGUAAAAGCUUUGAAAAUUUUGUUAUGCUCAAACCUAUCAGAAUUUACACCAAAUGAGGAAAUAUUCAGUGUUUCGUUAUCAUUUUUAAUAACUAAAGUUGGUGAUAAAAAUGUUUCAUUUGAUUCAGAAGUGCGACAAACACUAAGCUUGCUACUGAAUGGAUGUGGAGUUUUUGAAGGGUUCAAUGACCAAAUCGAAAUUUGGAUUAAUAGUAUAACUCAUCUUGAUGGUAUUGAUGAUAAGUUAGAAGUUGCUAGUUAUGUUGGGAAAAUAAUAAAACGUAUUUAUAAACACACUGAAAAAUAUUUGUCAUUGAUACACAAAAUUGAAGAAAAUACAGGAGAAGAAGAAAUGGAUAUAAGUAGACAAGAAGAUAUUUUUAAUCAAUUAAGCGAAAGAAAUAUUGAAGAUGUGAAAUUGCUAUCUGCAAUGUUACCAGUCACUGCAAUAUCUUUACCUGUAUAUGCAGCAGUGGAGACUCUAAAGAAAACUUCUUCUGAAGCUUUAGCACAUUAUCUAUCAGUUGUAUUUACACAUACAUUACAUUGUCAAGUAUCGUCAAAAGCUUUUCUUACUUUAAUCGAAGGAUUGCAUAUUCCUGGACAGAAAUAUUUUAUUUGCUGGUUAAAUUGUGAUUCUCCAGCGCUAUUGAAAAAACCUUUCGAAUCUAAAAAUAUUUUUCGAAUGGUUAGUAAACUUCUGCUUGGUUCUGAUAAAAUUUGCAAAGUUUACACAGAAGAAAUGCAGUUAUGCAUGCAACUCAAUGAUGAAACUUUCAGCUUUGUAUUGACAAAUUUCAAGGUGAAAGGUUUGGUGCAAAUGGUGAUUUUCUAUUUUACGCAAUCCUUGCAAAAAAGUGAUGUCGAAUUGCCAACAACAGUUGUUACAGAUAUCUUAAUAACAUUAUUAACAAUAGCAAAAGACAUGAGCACGGAUAUCGAAGAUUUAUUCAAAGACUGUGCUAAAUAUAUUUUCAAACAUCCAGUACUGCUACAGUAUUUUGAAGGAAUUUCUAAGAACAAAACCUCAAAAGAAAAUACAGUCACGACAUUAUUUAUUAAAAUUUGUAUGUUGUUCUCAAACUCUCAAAAACAGUCAUACAUACUACAGCAUAUAAGACCAUUUGAAGAAAAAUUUAUCAUGCAGAUAAAAUCUGCCGUUAAAAAAAUUAAAAGUAAAGAGAUAAAAAAAGAAUUAAAUAUUCACAUAGAAUUAAUAGAAUGUCUCCAUUUAAAUAUGACGUUAUCCAUCGAUUUAUUAGCGGCAAUUAUGAUUUUACCCAAAGAAAAAUUUGUAAAAUCAGACAAAUCGACAUUAUCUGUUUGGGCAGUAAUGAUCCCUAAAUUGGUAGACAGAUGUUUUACUGGAGAAAUAAGAAAUGAACAAGGUUUAUUUAUCACAUUACCUGAAAACUUGUUAAAAAAAAUAUUUUCCUAUUUAACAGAAUUAAAGUUGGUUUAUAAGCAAGAAAUGGAUUCAUGGGAAAUAAGUUUAUUUAAGUAUUUAUUCAAGUUUCCUCAUAGUAUUUCUACGAUUGAUGAAAAAAUAUUUACAACACUGCUGAAGACUAACAUAGCACCAACAACUUUUAAUAUAAUUAAUCUACUCAUUGAAAGAAAUCCUAAAUUGAUCACAGCAUUUGUUAAAUAUGCAAAUAUCAAUGAAAAUAUCUUUGAGCAAAAAUCUUUAAUUUUUUCAAUUUUAUCGAAUAGUUUAAAGCAUAAGUGGGAUCAAGAGUUUUUAAAUAAAGUAUAUAAUGCUUGUAAGAUAGAUAUCACCAAUUUCCUCACUGAGCCAAAAGAGGAUGGGUUUGUUUGGAUCAAAGAAAAUGUAGAUGCUGCAGCCUAUCUAAUAGAGCAUACAUUUGAUGCAACAUCGUGUAAAGAAAUUUGUGAUACUGUAUUAUCCAAUGGCAAUAAAUUAGAUGCAGUUCAGGAGGAGAAUCUAAAAUUACUUCAGACUGUAUUUAAAAAAAGCACAGAAAUAAAAGCAGAUGCUUUAAAGGACUUUGUUCAAGUUCUAGUGCACAUAACAGUGACGGCUCUUAAGAAGGAUUCCAAAAAUAUAACAAAGUUAAACUUCUUCUGUAAAACUUUGAUUGAUUCGAUAAGUAUUUUGAAAUCAGACGUUAAUUUCACAUUUGAAGAGUUAAGUAAAAAUUAUUCUUGGCCUCAGUUCACUCGAAUUAAUUUAAAAUCUGGUUUAAAAAUAAAAAAAGAAGACAAAUGUUCAACAUCUUUCUUAUUAAAAGCUUUAGUUGCAACUUGUGAUGUUGCAUACAAAGAUAAUACCAACGAGGAGUAUGCAAAAACUAUAUUUGAAAUGACUACCUCUCAUUCUGAAUUCAUAAACAUAAUGUUGAGCAAUGCAAGUAUAAAAAGUGACCUUGUAGAAUUAUUAUGGAUUUUGGUUAAAAAGAAUCAUACAGUCAUGUUGGCAACGCAUGUUCCUCUUUAUUUAGCUGCAUACAAUGCCACUUUAAGUACAAGUGAUCAAUUUAUUUUAAAAAUUCUUCAGCAUUAUGAAAAUAAUGGAAUAAAACUGGAUGAGUACAGGCCCUAUCUUUGGGGUAGUGCUGCUGCAUCUCAUUACAGCGUCAAGGGGGAAACUGACACUGCUUUGUGGAGGCAACCUUCAAUAUCACAAGUUUUAGAUUUGCUUGUUCCUGAAAUUGUUAAUAACACAAUUAAAAACUUUCCUGUUAAAAGAAAUUGGCAGUGUAAUUUUACAAAGGAACAAGUGAAUUUAGAUCAAAUAUACGACCCUGCGUUUUAUUUGUCAGUAUUCACUCACAUUUUAGCAGAAUAUAAUGUUGUGCCUUGUCACAAAGUGAUACAUAGCGGUGCGUUGGCUCUGAUAAUUAGUGCUUGUAGUAGCACUUUUGAAGAAGUUCGAUUGGCAGCUUUUAUUGCAAUUUCCAGGUUUUACUUUCAUUUGGAGGCUACAAGUUCCAAAGAAAAACUAUUGUGGAUAAACUUUAUAGAUACACUCCGAAAUGGCAUUAAACAGACAGAAUCCCCGCUUAGAAAUAUUAGAUUGAAUGGCUUUGUUUCGACUUUUCUAUCUCGAAGUUCUUUAGUAAUAUCUCAACCUUUGAAUCAGCUUUAUUCGCCUCUGCAAGCUUUUCUCAUGGCCAAGCCAGCUCUAGAUCUCAAUACUAUACCAGAAUUUUUACAACUAUAUCAUAGUUCAGAAAUUGAACAUAAAUCCCAUAGACACUGGAUUUUAGAAGUUAUACGUGACGGCUUGGAAAUAGAUAGCGAUAUGGAUGUCGCUUUAAAAUGUGUUUUAUUCAAAAUGCUGUUUGAUUUUUACACUUCUACAUUAUCGGACAAUUUAUCCAAGACUUUUAUUUUGCAAAUUAUUAAUUCGGUUACUAAAUUACCAAAAGCCUGCAUGUUACUUGUAAACGGGUACGGACUUUUACCCUGGUUAAUAACUGUUACUGAGCGCCUUAGGAGGGGAGACGUACAACCAAUCAUUUGCACAAUUGAUAUUGUAAAUAAUAUUUUAAAUAGUUUUCAUGAAACUAAAACGAAAGAAACUUAUCAUCAUUUAAUGUUGAUGAAAGUACUUCUGAAAAUAAAAACUUAUUUUAAUCAAAAUAUAACGGAAGAAUACUUGAAAACUUACAUAAACAUUGUGAACAAAACAAUUAUCAACAAUAUUGUUGGUAGUGCCUUGACAAAAGAUCAUUUAAAAGACAUAGUUAUUUUUGCUAAACAGUUAUUGCACGAUGUAUCUGUAUGUGAAAUAAUGCUGCAAUUUGGUUGUAAAUUUGUUAAUAAAAGAAAUCUUGAACUUGACAAAGAUGGUUCAACUCAAGAAAGUUUAUGUAAAUUAAUUGAAAUUUGGUAUAGUUAUGUUAAGAACGCUAAAUAAAAUUUUAUCGUUUUGUAAAUAGCCCUAUUUGUAAAGAUAUAAAUAAAAGUAUAUUUUUAUGUUUUGUCAUACUUAAAA